AUGAGGUCCUCAGACGUCACCACCGCUUUGCUACCCGCACUCGCCCUGCCAGCGCUCUCUCUCGCCGUCGCUCUUGCGCCGCCUUCAGAACCUCGCCAGGACGGCCCCGGGUUCCUGGCCUUGCCCUUCACCCGGACGCUCAACACGCCAAGACUGCGCUCACGGCAGGACGUCGACGUCCCUCUGUACAAUGUUACCACCAUCAGCUACCUCGUCGAGUUGUCCAUUGGCACGCCAGGCCAGACCGUACGAGUCGCCAUUGACACAGGCUCGAGCGAGUUGUGGGUAAACCCCAAUUGCAAGACCGUCAACACGAACGACGAGUACCAGGACUGCGUCACGGACGGCCAGUACAAUCCAGACGACUCGUCUACUUUCCAUGACCUCGAGUCUCGCUCGUCCAUCACCUACGGCAUCGGCAAGGUCGAGCUCGCAUACGUCACUGACAAUGUCGCUCUGCCAAAUAGCACCAUCGAUCUGAAAAACAUCCAGUUUGGUGCAGCCAUCGCGACGCAGGACCUGAGCGAGGGUAUCUUGGGUCUCAGCUUCGGCAACCACUCAAAUCCCAGGGCCCUUCCGUACGCCAAUCUUGUCGACCAGCUCGUGAUGCAGGGCGUGACCAAGUCGCGUGCCUUUUCGGUGGCUCUGGGCAAUCAGGACCUCGAUGAUGGUGGUGUUCUAGUUCUUGGCGGUCUCGACACGGGCAAGUUUUCCGGAGCGCUGGCGACUCUGCCCGUGCUCGGCCCGCAACUCGGCGAGAACAUCCCACGGUACUGGGUCCAGCUCGAGUCGCUUGGCUCCACAAUCAAUGGCAAGACUACAACGUAUAGCAACUCCAAAAUACCCGUCGUCAUUGACACCGGCUCGACGUUGUGCAACCUUCCCAGCUCCAUUGUUCAAGACAUGGUGCGGGACACCAACGCGCAGGUGGACAGCCAGGGCGAUGUUCUCGUCCAGUGCUCCAUCGCGAACAACAACGCAGCCUUCAACUUUGCCUUUUCUGGCGUCACCAUUAGUAUCCCGUGGUCCGAGUUCAUCCUCCCCAUCCCAGGCUCAACUACCCAGUGUGUCUUGGGCGUUUCCCCGUCUAGCUCGGUGGUCCUGCUCGGCGACUCGUUCAUUCGCAGUGCCUACAUUGUGUUUGACCAGGACCACAUGCAGGUCUCCAUGGCCCCUUGGGCCGAUUGCGGCGAACAUCAGCAGGCGAUCGGGUCCGGUCCUGUGGGCAACGUCCAAGGAGCAUGCAACUCGUCCAGCAGCACGAACACCACAAACCACAACAGCGGCUCGAGCCUCGGUGGGCCAGGUUGGGUUAUGCUGAGUCUACUGGGAAUGAUUUCCUUUGUCUUUGCGAGCCUCUGA